UUGGCCAAGAAGAUGAACAAGUUGGUGAGAGUGUAGAACAACAAAAUGAGGGGGCAGAACAAGAUUCUGAGGGGACAGACCAUCAUUUUGGAGAUUCAGAGGAUUCACAGGAUUCAGAGUAUGAACCUGAAGAAAGUAGUGGUGACUCUUCUGAAUUAUCUGAAUGGGAAUUGGAGGAUCCAGAAGGCCCUGAUGAUGAUGACAUUUUCCAGCAGAGGGGUCAUGAUCAUGCUAAGAAGAUACACAAGAGGGCAAGAGAAUGGGUGAAACUAAGAAGAAAGCAGAAGAAAAAAGCAAGAGAAGAAGCUGCAGGUUUGAAAAGGUCUAGAGGAGAAGAUUGGUACAGUGAGGCUGAGGAUGAUGACAACUGCUUUGAAGAGACUGAUGAAUGGAAUGAUAGUAGUGAUAUGUCAAGGUUUGAGCUGAAAUUUGGUCAAAAAUUUCCAUGCAGAGCAAAAUUCAAGGAUGUCAUCAGAGAUUGGUCUGUUAGAAAAGGAUAUGAUUUGAUGUUUCCCAAGAAUGAAGCCAAGCUCAUCGCAGCACAAUGCAAAAGUGGGUGUGACUGGUCUUUGAGGGCCUCAGUUAUUGGAGGUUUGUCCACAUUUCAGAUCAAAACUUUAAAAGGAAAGCACACAUGCUCUUACAGGACAGAGAACACACAGGCUGACUACAAAUAUCUUGGGAAAAGAAUGUUAGAUACUCUGAGGGACAAUCCUGGUGAGACUUUGGUAAGUCUGAAAAAUAAAAUCAAGAGGCAUUGUGGGGUAGAUGUCAGUAUGCACAAGGUCUACAGAGGCAAGGUGUAUGCCCUUUCUCUGUUGAAGGUUGACUAUGGGGAACAGUGUAAGAGGCUAUAUGACUACUGUUCUACAGUAGUCAAGUACAAUCCUGGUAGUUCUCUAAUACUGAAGGUGAACAAUGACUUCUCAUGUCCAAAGUUCAUGAGGAUGUAUGUUUGUUUAUCUGCAAUGAGACAGGCAUUUUUGACUGGCUGUAGGCCAAUUAUAGGACUGGAUGGAUGUUUUCUGAAGACAGUUCAUGGUGGUCAACUUCUUUCAGCAGUUGGUAGGGAUGGCAAUGACAAUAUGCUACCAAUAGCAAUGGCAUAUGUUGAAAUUGAGAAGACAGAUUCUUGGAGGUGGUUCCUUGAAAGACUACUAAGAGAUGUAGAUCCAUACAGGGAGAGAAAGUGGACUUUUGUUUCAAAUAGACAGAAGGGUUUGCUUGAAGCUGUGAGUGAAAUUGAGGGGGCAGAGCACAGAUAUUGUUUGAAGCACAUGUACAAUAAUUUCAAGCAGAAGUGGGGGGAUUUAGAAUUGAGGAAAUGGUUUUGGAAGGCAGCCAGCACAUACAAUGUCAAGGAGCACCUCAGAUGCAUGAGUCAGAUCCAAAAGCUU